AAUGCUUAUCACACGGACAAGAGCUGCAGCUGGCACUAGUCAAGGCCAGAGUUCUAAAAUCGCUUGAAGAAUGGUUGGAUGUGACCUUCUUCUGCGUCACGCUCCGCCACCUGUGCCAACGACCGCUUCGAUACGCUCUUCAGGAUACAUCCAACAUGUUACUUUCCGUAUACUUGAAUGCUUCCCCUAACUCGGGCUAUAAAUAUGGGGUCAAGAAGACUCUGGAUGCGUGGGUACAGAGAGUGUCUACCAGACUACAAUCACAAUGGAUGCCAUCUGGGCCAGCCCCCCUUGUCCAUCACAAGUCGCAAUGAACCUCCUGGAGCUGAGAAAGCGAUAUGGAGGUGUACUCGCAGUCGAAGAAUGCAAAGACAGACUGAUUCAAGACCUAUUCUUCGAGGUUGAGACUCUGCAAUUCGUCCUCCACAACGAAUGCGCCAAAUUUGAACACAGAGCCCACUUUCUCAACCGAGAACUGGAUGCGUAUAAGUCGGAGAUUGGGGACUUGAAGCAUAAUCAGGCCAAAUUAAGCUACGUGUCUAUACUGGUGGAUGGUGACUGUAUGAAUUUCAAUGAUGCAUUCAUCAAAGAAGGCCACGACGGUGGCCGCAAAGCUGCACUUCUUCUGCGCCAGUCUGUCGAGCGCUACAUCCGGGACAUCGACGCUCAAGCCAGCCCAAGUCUCCAGUACAAAGUGUGCGUCUAUGCGAAUACACCCGGUCUGGAGAAGGCAUAUCGCGAAGCAAAGGUGCUGCGUUCCAACGAGACCCUCGACCCGUUCAUUCGAGGCUUCAACAUGGAAAGUAGCCAGUGCGAUUUCAUCGACGCAGGCAACGGCAAAGAAUGUUCCGAUGUCAAGAUCCGAGCAACCUUCGAGCGAGACAUCCUCGACGUCCACUGCCACCACAUCAUCUUCUGCGCCGCAACAGACAAUGGGUACGCCCGCAUCCUCGGCUCCCACCGCGGGAGCAAGCGGAUCACCCUCGUCGAGGGCGCGCCAUUCGCCUGGGAAAUUGAGCAGCUCUCCAGUGAAUUCCGGACCACCUCGUUCCCUGCGGUAUUCCGGUCUCUGAAGCUGCCCGCACGCGCCUCCUCCUUCAGCGCCGUCGCCACCGCCUCAGCCAACAUCAGCAUGACAGCUAGAUCCUCAAGCACCAGCACACCACCCUCGUCGCCUCCACGGGACUAUGCCACCAUUGCCAAGGCAAACCUCCCGCUCCCCUCCUCCACUUCCCUCAUCACCAGCAGCAGCAGCAGCAGCAGCAGCACACCCUCCUCUUCCUCGCCGACCACAUCCCAAACUCCAAGCCCCACAUCAUCAUCGUCAUCAUCAUCACUAUCCUCCACAGCCUCACCGCCAACCCUCAUAUUCGACAUCUCCCCCACCCCCAAGUCGCCAGACAAAAAACUCCACUACAACGCCCGAGACCAACGGAUCGACCCACCCCUCCGACGCCCCAGCAGCAAAGAGAACUACGAGCGCCUCCGCACCGCCAAGUACUGCAACCAGUACCACCUCCAGGACGACUGCCCAUUCGGAGAUGGCUGCAACUAUCGGCACGGGCGACGGCUGCGCGCCCAGAACCUCCAUGACCUACGGUGCAUCUCGCGGACGAGCGUGUGCGCGGAGGGGCUGUGGUGCGCGAACCGGAAGUGCGUGUGCGGGCAUCAGUGUCCGUUCGAGGAGAGAGACGAUCAUAUGCUUGAGGAGUGUCGGUUUCCUGAGGAGAUGCAUGGGGUGGAUCGGGUGGUGACGAGGGUGGAGUAGUGUGUCUGUUUGUCGACAGUUCUGUAGCGGGGUGUGUCGGCAAUGGGGUUUCGGUUGGGUAGGGAUGAUCUGUUUUUUUUAGCGGAGUUAUGGUGUAGUGGUGUAU